AUGGUAGCCUUGGUAAGAAAGAAACCUGCAGCGAGCACGAAGGAGACAAGGCAGACGGCGGGGGAACGAGGAGGAUUGGGGGAGGAGGAGGAGGAGGAGGAGGAGGAGGAGGAGGAGGUGGCGGUGUAUGACAUCGACGGCUCGAAGCGGUGGCUGAGGCACCGCCGCCGCCGCCGAGAGGCCUGCGGAACGGAUGUCCGCGUGUGCAGCGGUGUGGCCCGACUUAAUGGUAAAUCCUCGGCGACUGGAAAACGAACGUGCAGCGGCUGGGCCAGGGAAUCAUACCAUGCUCGGCCACAGAAUAGCCUGCGCCGCGCACAGCCAAGACAGGGAGCAGCAGCAGGAGGGGGGGAGAGGGAAGAAAUGAGAAGGGAGGAAGGAGCCGGGAACGAGGAAGGAAGGGUGGAGGGAAAUGGAAGCAGGAGGAGCGGGCGAUUGUGUAGGGAUCGUGGGGCAACAGAGAGGUACCCAUACCGCUACUCCAAGGACCUCUCCUGGCGUGCGUUCUGA